AUCCAAUCCCCGCUGCGUGUUGUGAGCUUUUUGGCUGGUUCACGUUAAUGGACGAAACAAGUAACUGAUAUGACCUCGAGUCAUGAAGCUUUGUUUAACUUCGAAUUUUCUGUUUGAUUUAGAAAUGCGGUGGAGGAUUUUCUGAAAAGACGGAGCCAUGUAUUAUUCAGGUAAAAGGCGGGGUGAAGACGGAAUCGCCGCCAUCAUCGACUUCCUGCUGUCCAACGCCCGAUUGGUGCUUGGUGUGGGCGGAGUCGCCGUCCUGGGCAUCGCUACGUUAGCGGUGAAAAAGCUGAUAGAACGCGCUGGCCGGCCUCCCGACGACCGAAAUCCUGAUAAAAAGAUGACAGACAGCUGGGAGGAGCUUAGCCUGGUCAGUACCUCACCCAAACUGCUUCAAAAGGGCAUCGAGGGUGUGGCCAUGAAACCGAUUACUGCAGUCAGCAAGAAAGCGGACCUGUCUCAAUCCGCACCCCAAAUCCAAUCCCAGACUCCGAGGAACGGAUCGGACCCGGCUCAGACAGGCAGACGACUGGAUCUCUGCGUGUUAACCUUCUCGGAAAGACUGGAGCAGUAUUACCAGACACGUGUGUGCCUGUCCCCGAGCGAAGUGUCCCGAGCUCAGCAGAGAGCGCUGGAAAGCGCUACAGAGAUUCAGGCCUUCCUGCGCUCCAAACACCCGGACAUGCCCCUGGGAGAGAUGACCCUCGCGGGGUCGCUGCUCGACGACCUGCAGGUGGUCAAGGCUGAUCACGCCUGCCUGCUCGUACCACUACAGCUGGAGCCCAGUCUGUGGACUCCGAUCGCCGGAGAGGACACGUUCCUCGGACAUCCUCAGUACUGCAUGUUACGUCGCGAAAACCUAGAGUAUUUCCCGCGUGGGCGGAGCUACUGGGACAGGCACCUCCUCGGCGGGUACCUGUCGUCUCAGCUCGUUGGCGAGCAACUACGCAAAUCGAUCACGGAGUCCAUGAACUGGCCAUCGCUGAGCAGAACCCUGGAGUGCGAGGUGCGGCCGGUGCUCGGGUCUCCCGCGCUGAAGCUGGAAAUCCGAGCUCGGAGCGAAAGCAGAAAUUUCGACGAAGAGCAGCUGUUUGUUAGCGUUCUACCGACGGUGCGCUUAGGGGACAUGGCGCUAACGGCGCAGCCAGAAAUCACCGGACCGUUCGACUACGUGUGGUACCAGAGCCUCUACACCAGCGAAACGGCUCGACUGGCCAGCCUCGACCAAUCAGACGAGGACUCGGGUGUCAGGAAGAAGUGCCUGAAAACACUAAAGGCUGUGUGUCGGAACUGCCCCGCCCUCCACAAGCUGACCGGCGCGCAGCUCAGCAGCGUCAUCCUGCACAUGAGUGAGAAGGAGUUUGAUUGGUCGGAGUCGGCGUUCGCUGAUAGGUUCCAGCAGGCCAUCACGGAGCUGAUUGGCUACCUGGAGGCGGGCUUCCUGCCCAGCUACUUUAAACCUGCUGUGAAUCUGCUGCAGGGCUUCACCGAAGACGACAUCGAUGAGAUGGGCUUCAUGCUCUACUGCGCUGUGAGCGAGCCCGAGAUACUGCUCAUAUAACCGGUCACACACACAUCUCAUAUAUAUAUAUAACUCUCUCUCUCUCUAGGAUGUACCUCUUUCUUUUAGGUUAAAUGUGCAGUUUGACGUUUUUAUUUAUUACUACACAGAAAAACUAAAGGCGGUCCCGAAGACUGAGACGUGUGCGAGUUCUACCACACACACACACACACACACACACACACACACACACACACACACUUCGAGUGUUGGAGCAAUACAGGGUUUAAUAAACAGUUAGUUAUGCAGGGAGUUCAGGUUUUAUUCGUUAAUGAUCUAAUACCGAGACGCGCUCUGGUUGGAACUCGGAUCAUAAACGUGGCACUUUAAUGAACGACAAACCAGAACUGUUUGUGUGUUUGUUUUAUCCGGCGUAUGAAAGUGCGUGUGUUUGAUGCAGUCUUCUCCCCGACACGAAUAAAGCUCGUCCUGAAUCAGGGUCUGGAAAAUCCCUUUGAAUCAAGUCUCUCUGUUACGCAAAUAAAAAGUUAUUUUGAACGAGGGCUCGGGUGUCGUGAUUACGCCUGGAUUAAAGGUUAUAAAACGAAGUCACAGACUCGGCACUUCAUUUGUUCGACAUCAUUUGAUAAUAUAAUCUACUGUAUCGUUAUAAUUUUAUGACUAUUCUUCAGCAUUAGUUUCUCUACAGCAUCUCCACUCUCGUUGCUCUGGAUUUCAUACUGAAACUAUAAUUCUUUCCUAAAAAAAACAUCAUCUUACUUUGAGUCAUGAUUCUGUGAAAGUUCUGGUGUGUAUUAUGGAUAAGACGUUCCUGUGAGCACUUUCUCCUCGUGUACGUCUUGUCUCAUGGUGUGGAGAUUUUUCUUUUUUGGUGAGUUAGUUUUUUAUUUUAUUUUUAUUGUUACGUCAUUCUAUCGAGUAGCCUAGCUUGAAUAUAAGGACUCUUCCUGUAAAAGGAGUUGCCAUUUUUAUACACGGUCCCUUAGCUCUUAAGGGUUCCUUAAUGUAGAAAUCAAGUCAAGGGAUGUUUAUCAAUUACUGGACAAAAAUAAAAGUGAUAAAAGUUGUAGCUAAUAAUUGACACGUGUUUUUACAAGAGUGUCUCUCUUUUUUUUUGUCCAUCUGCCACUUAAAAGCAAUUAUACAGAGUUUUUAAGGAAAAUAUAAAAAAAAGUGUAAA